AUGAAUUCUGGUAGAAUAGGUAUUUGUAGUUACAAGUUUGUGGAGCUUCAGUUGAAGACUUUGAGGGGAUUAGGGACUCGUAUGGUUCUUGAUAACAAAGAAGAGUUCAAGAAGAUCUAUGGAAACCUCCUAGGAAUCCUCAACACAGAAGUUAAUACAUCGGUCGUUCACACUCUUGUACAGUUCUAUAAUCCUCCAAUGAGGUGCUUUACUUUUCAAGAUUAUCAGUUGGCUCUGACUUUGGAAGAAUAUUCUCAUAUCUUAGGGGUUGGAAUUAAAAAUCGGGUUCCUUUUUUCAGCACAAAGGAGCUUCCCAAGUCUCAUCUUAUAUCUGAAGCCCCCAGUCUGGAGAAGAAAGAAGUAGAACUCAACCUCAAACUUAAAGGUGGAACUCAUAGUUUUACAUUAAAGUUUCAGAUAGGCAAAGCCACUGACGUUGGAAGUUGGAAUGCUUUGAACGUUAUUCUUGCUUUACUCAUGUAUGGGAUUGUGUUAUUCCCUAACAUGGAAGAAUUUGUGGAUUUUGCCUCUAUUCACACUAUUAUGACCAAGAAUCAUGUUCGUACUCUCCUUGCAAAUACUUACUAUUGCAUUCAUGUGAGGAACCAUAAGAAGAAGGGAACUACUAUGUGUUGUAUACCCUUGUUGUACAAAUGGUUCAUAUCUCAUCUACCUAACAAAGGUCCUUUAAUUGAGAACAAAGGCAAUCCGAAAUGGUCUCAGAGGAUCAUGUCUCUGACUGGUAAAGAUAUAUUAUGGUACUCUAGAAGUUAUGACAAUGUCAAGGUCAUUCUUAAUUGUGUUAAUUUCCAUAAUGUUACCCUCCUAGUUACAAAUGGUGGAACUAGUUACAGUCUGAGAUUAACAUUGCGUCAGUUGGGCUACCCAAUGUUAGACAGACCUGACUCCAAGCAAUUGGAAGAUUUUGUCUUGUAUGAAGGGGUUGACAAACCAUAG